GUCUUUGUCUGUUUAUUUCCAUGUCUUGUUGCUCGUUCCUUGACGAUGUUGUUCCAUAACUAUUUUUGAUCUUUAAAGAUCUCCUCGCCGUGUCCUUCCAUUUUCUGAUCGAGUCCAUCCAUCUUCUUGAUCAUCUCCACUUCCAUCCUCACAACCAACAGUCUCUGUCCAAACCAUUUACCCACGCCCCAUUCCAAACCCAAACUAUCUCCAAUAUCCUCACCACUUCCAUCACAAUGUCAAUGACGAUCCCAAUCUACCGCUACCAGUACCGCCCUACUUUUCCCCAACUCUCCGGCUUCAGCUUUAGCCUAUCUCCCCCAAGAAACACUUUCCUCCCCCACCACCACCUUGAAUCCCCCACCAACAUCUUCCUCCAAGCUUCUAAUUCCUCAAAAGAUAAGCUUAUCAUCCGGCAAGUGGGUGGACCAGGGGAUAACCACGUCCAAUGGGUAUCCAAAUCCGACAUCAUUCCUUAUCCUGACUCAGCUAGUGACGAAGAGUUUCCCUCUUUUGUUACUGAUUUGGGUGAAAGUCGAGUUCGAGCUGGUAAUCAGAAAGUCAACAGCAGUGACAGCAAUGUGGCCAAUGACAAUGAGAAAUCCCGAACAAAGACAUUAAAAAGCUACACCUCCCCAAUCCACGGCAUCGUGCACACAGCAAACUGGGCCAACGACGUGGGCGAUCGACUCUGGUUGAGGAGCGAUCAACCCAUAAUCAAGGGGAGGAGGAGUGUCCCGGUGGUGAAUUUGGAUAAGGGUGCUAGUGGGGAGAUCUGUAUAUCCUCAGUAACCUGGCACCCCCACAAACAAAAACGCAAACUUUCUGGCACCAACGCACUGUCGUCCAUCACCUUCAUCGGGGCAGAGUACCGCCAACAACAACGACAACAACGGGGUGAUGGUGAACCCUUUAGGAUGUGUAUAACACACGGGCAGAACGAAGAAAAUGGAGGAGAAGGCAUCAUCGAAAUGAUCCCUCUAAAAGAGCUGGAGACGACGUGCUUUGAGGAUAUCAAGUCCAAGUCCCCCAAGUCUCUUCUGCCUGCUCCUCAGCACAACAAACCAACUAUACCAAUAAGAAGGCAAAACGAAACACAUGGUAUCACAUCAAGAAGUUCAACGAAAGAAGGGCCUGCGGUAUUUGAAGAGGGGAACAGCAACAGAAAAAGUAUGGAUGGUGCUGCUGACAACGACGACGACGACGACGACGACGAUGAUGAUAAUCUCAGCCAUGCCUCCUUCGCGAGCUCAACCAAGGGAAAAGUAGCUUUGGAUCUGGUAGCGCGGAGUCUAUCGAUUUUCAACUUCAAUGCUGCAAUGUUGGAUUUGGCUGCGCUGUCUAAUCAGAGUAUGGGUAUGGAUUGGUUCAAUGGGAACACAGUAGAUGAACCGCCGGAGGCGUCGGAUGAGAGUGACGAGGAGGAUGAGGACGAGGAAGAGGAGAAGAUGUGGAGUGACUGUGAGUCACAGUACUCUGGAAGGCAGUCGGUGAUGGAAGACCAGGAUGAGGAUCAGUAUGAGAGGAGUCGAGUAAAAGACAGCGGGGGAGGUGGUGAUGUAUAAAGUCCAAUCAAGUAACAGGUCGAUAUCAAAGUUUUGCAGGCAAGCAUAAUCAACUUACAUUACUACCACACCAAUCCUAAAGCACUGCUGAAAACCUAAACUAACUCAACGAUAGACCUGUGAUUGCUUCAUCAAGUACGAUUCAAAGGCUACCAAUCAAUAGGUAAGCACUGAAAAUGAAUGUGGUACCAGUGGUCUCAACGCGCCUUAAAGCGCCGCCAUCUGUGCAAAACGCACUGUCCAUGGGUCCUCGUCAAUCUCCAACUCAACCUCCUCAGCCUCCUCGUCGGUUUCCUCGCCAUCUUUUUCUUUGAUUCCUGCGUCCAAUCCCAUGACGAGUUCCUUGUUGAUGGGACCGCGACUACCAAUGUAUCCACCACCACCACCACCACCACCACUACCACCACUACCACCGGUAGC